AUGGCGAAACUUCAGUUGUCAAAUAUUUACAUUGCAAUAUCUUCCUCUGAACACCUCAUCCCAUCUGCAACCACUGGGUGUAGAGAUUAUCAACUCAAUUUGAAACAGGCUAUUGACAAGAUUGAUCAACCUUGGUCUGAUUACAACAAUAAAUUAGAGUUAUUGUUGGUAAAUGAAAAUGAUGAAUUUACCAAUCCAUUAACUGAUGAUGAUAAUCAACAAGCAUUGGUUCAUCAAAUCAAGGAAUUCAUUAUUGUGAUUGAUGAACCACUUGUAACUGAAGAUACAGAAAUUGUUGAGAUGGUUUUAGAAGAUGCACAAAUUGAAGCUGAUACUAAUAUAGAUUCUGAUGAAGGCAAUGAAGAACCACACUAA